AUGUAUGUGUAUAGAAAGAAUAUCCUGAUUGUGCAAACAAAUUUUACAUGGUAUGCCUUUUUCAUCUUUGAAACUAAGGCAUCGGAAUCAAGUAACCAGGAAAAAGGGUGGGUAGUGUGUCGUGUGUUCAAGAAGAAGAAUUACCAUAAGGCUCUUGAGAGUCCUCAGAACUCAUCAACAGCACUCUCCAGAGGUACAAUUAUUCAGAAACCAAACAACAAUGGUCUAGUUAUGCAUAAUUGGAGCGACGAAGAUUGUGUGAAGACACUACAGAGAUGUAGAGAAGCUAGCACGUAUAACGAUGAAGGAAGAAAAGGGAAGGUCCUUAUCAUUGACAUGGUAUUGAAUAGAGAUGAAGAUGAAGCAGACAUGACUAAAGUAAAGCUCCUUUUUAAUGUAUUGAUGAUGGUGCUUCUUGUCGGAGGGGGGGGGGGGGGGCAGAGAAAUGAGAAAGAAUGGGAAAGGCUAUUCCUGGAGUCUGGCUUCAUGAGCUAG